CUUACUUAUUCUCUCUCCUACCCUUCAAUUCUCUCUCUCCUUCUUCUUCUUCUUCUUCCUUCUCCCUCCUACCUUCUAACGCACGCUUUCAAAGCUUUCCAUAAAGCUUUUCCCCCCAUAAUCAUCUAUAUAUAACGCAGACAAUUCCAGUUUCACGCACCUCACGCUUAGUAAAAAAAAUUAAAGAAAAAAAAGAAAAGAAAAAAUAAAUUCCAUAUUAUUUUCUUUUCUUUAAUUUUAAUUUUUUCUCUUCCAAAUUCUCACGACGAUCUUACAGUUAUAUAUAAUCCCCAUCCAUCUCCAUGUCCACCGACCUUCAUCUUCACCACAACCUCCCUAAGCUCCGAAUCUCUCCGAUCAAGAUGGAGAACACAUCAAGAAUCCACUCUCCAAACCAAAACGACGCCGUCACCGUCGUGGAAGAACGACCUGAGGCGGUUACAGACCGCAACGACGGUGGCGCCGUUGUUUUGAGCGUUGUUGAGGUGGAGCAGGAGGAGGAGGAGGAAGAGAGCUACAGGACGCCGACGUCGAAGGAGAGCAAGAUUCCGGAGAUGGUGACGUGUCCGCCGGCGCCGAAGAAGGCGAAGGCGAUUGCGUCGUGUAAGAGGAAGCUUCUAGAUGAGUUCCAGUUCUUUGAUGUGAACAAUAAGGAAGACAUGGACGCUUUCUUCAGAUCUACUUUUCCUAAGAGGACAUGCUCCUGUACAUGAUCAUCAUCAUCUUUUUCUUCUUCUCUCUCAUUAUCUGAAAAAAGAAAAAACGGUUAUUAUAUUUCCACGUUUUAAUUUGGCUUCCUCCAAGCUGAUGGAAUGUGAAGCUACGUAAAUUACACAAUUUUUAAUUAGUUUCUUCUUUAAUUUCUUCUUCCUUCUCCUUCUUAUAAAAUUCCGAUUCCGAUCCAUCACUUGUUGGAUUAACUCUA